AUGUCGCUGAAUCACCCAUUAGCCCCGAAAGUCGCGCCUUCGUGCCGUCGCUAUCCUCAUCAGUCCGCCGCGCUUUUCCAGACUUUCGUCGACCUCUCGCUCGCCCAGCAAUGGCGAGACGUGGAGGUGCUUGACCUGGACGAGUGCGGAUGUGCGGUCAUUCGAGGGCUGCCAAGGGAACCGAAGCGGUCACCUCCAGCUGUCGUCCUGCCAAUGGGCCUGACAGUCCCCACAUCCCUCGAAGCCCUCGACAAGGUCUUCCAAGCCGUCUCGCGCCGUUUCCCCUCUCCCUCUUCCUCCAGCGACAAGCCGGCCUCUCCCUCCGACAGCUCGUCUGAUCAGCCCGAGCACCCGACGACAAUAUACCUCUCGAUGAUUGAGAAGGACAGCUCGAUCGUGUACUACGUCCUGCGGCAAGGGAUCGUCUCGCCGAAGGAGGUGCCGGAAUGA